GGCCCUGGUUACUCUUGCGAUCUCUGCCUUGAACUUCUUCUGGAAACACCAUGUGAUGAUCUUGAAGUGACGAUAAAGAUUUUCUGGGACAUGUGGGGGUAAGACAAAGACUGACAUCAUGUGUCUAUAGUCUCUAGAAAUAUUGACAAUAUCUCCUACUGAGAAGAAGGCAGAAGCCAGCACGCCAGAUAAGUAGGAAUGGGGGAGGCCUUUUGUGACUCCAGCCACAUCUGUGCACCAAGCAAAGAACAUAUAAAGAGAAGGUUGGCUGAGCUCUCAGUGAAGGCCCCUCCUGGCGAGAUGAAGUCCAUCUUCUUCAGCCUUUCUCUGCUCCUCCUUCUGGAGAGGGAAGCAGCUGGGAUAGAAAUCUAUGGUGGGAGAAAAGGACACUUUCUAGUAAAAUCGCCCCCAGUUGUAUUUAUCCAAAAAGGCCAUUUCCACUACGGGCCCAGAGGAGCCCAGGAAGAUGAACCUGAAGGAGCCAUUGUUGUGCAAACUAAACACCAUGUAUAUGGCCAAGAUGCUGCUGAGGCUGACCUGGGAGAGAUUCAGAGUUCACAGCAACGGACAGGUUUAAACGAAGACAUAGUUUGUGAUGAAGAAGACGAGAUUAGCCAACAAAAAUCCCAGCUCAAAUCCCAGUCACAAAUAAAAUCCCAAACCCAACUAAAAUCCAGUGGAGCCCAACUGAAGUCCCAGACAGGCCAGCUAAAGACCCUAGGCCAGGUGAAAUCACAAAUCAAGCUGAAACCCCACAGAGCCCCUCUGAAAUCCUACCAGGCAGCACUAACUCUCCAAGAAGGACUUCCUCAACAAAUCAAGGGCAAAGACUACGCCCUGAAGGAAGAUCUGGCCCAAGUGCGUCAACAGCAUAAAAAGGUUCACAGGCUCCAAAGAAAGCUUGGCCAGGCCAGGAAAACGGCAGCAUUCUUUCCAUAUUUUAGACAUGACUCCCAAGACAAUGAUGAUGAUGGGUAUUUUGUGCAGUUUCAAGAACAACUACAGGGUGGAAUUCGUCACAUAAAAUCUUUCCACCAAAGUCACGGGGCCUGCUACUGUCCAAAAGGAAGGCUAACCCUAUAUCAAGAUGCCUUCACAGAAUAA